AAGAGGGAAUGAGGCCUGCAUGCCGACUCCAGCGUCUGUCUCCCACCAGCGCCCGUGGGAUUUUCUGCGAGACCUGGGGUUCGGUGCCCAGGGCGGAGACAGAAGCUGUGGGACGUCCCGUCGGCCCGUUGUGUUGUUUCUCGUCGGUUCCUGGAACUGCUCCAAGUCGUGACUGUACAGUACUCACUAGUAAUUGCUACUGGCACCUUUGUUAGAGAAUGAACUUCCGAAAGCUGACUUUUAGAAAUACUUUUUAAUGGUCAUUGGUGUUUUAGAGAGAGCGUAAGGGAGCGGGAUAAAUACAAACACUGGAGAGAGAGAAACAUCAGUGGGUUGCUUCCUGCAUGGCUCCCCCUGGGGAUGGAGCCCACGGCCCAAGCAUGUGCCCAAGCAUGUGCCGUGACCCCGAAUCACCCCAGUGACCGCCUGGUUCGCGGGUCCCCGCUCAACCAUGAGCCACACCGGCCAGGGCGAACUCUACCCUCUUUUAAUGUCAACUUCCUGCUCGUGUGUUUUUUUCUAAUCCAUUGUCUUCUCGUUUCACCUGUCUUCUGACUCUGAAUUUGACUUCGAAGGAUGUCAAACUUGGGACAAUUUGACUCUGAUUUUUACCAAUCUAAUUAUACCAUUGAGAAUCAGGAGCAGAGUUGUAAUGACUCCAAUGCCUAUGGAAAUCUUUAUGGAUCCGGAGAACAGCAAGCCAGUGAGCAGCCUCAGCUUGCCUUUGUCCCACCGGAGAUGCUCAUGUCAUCAGGUUACACUGGACAAUAUUUUCAGCCAGCAUCCAACCCGGAUUAUUAUUCACAGUCUCCUUACGCUGACAGUUUUGAUGAAGAGCCUCCUUUGCUAGAAGAACUUGGAAUUAAUUUUGAUCACAUAUGGCAAAAAACCUUGACAGUGUUAAACCCACUGAAGCCAGCAGAUGGCAGCAUUAUGAAUGAAACCGACCUGGCUGGGCCCAUCCUGUUCUGUGUGGCGCUGGGAGCCACCCUGCUUCUGGUAAAGGACAGCAGCACCAGAUUUAAACGUGUGUCCUUUCCAAUGCGAUUUUUGCAGAGUGCUUUGGAAACACAGAAGGCAGCAGGGAAAGUUCAGUUUGGUUACAUAUAUGGCAUGAGUGGCAUCGGCUGCCUGGGGAUUUACGCCUUACUAAACUUGAUGAGCUCUUCCGGGGUGUCCUAUGGCUGCGUGGCGAGUGUGCUGGGUUACUGCCUGCUCCCCAUGGUCAUCCUGUCCGGCAGCGCCGUCUUCUUUUCACUGCAGGGCAUGAUCGGUACUGUGUUGGCACUGGUCAUCAUUGUCUGGUGUAGUCUCUCAGCUUCCAAAAUCUUCAUUUCCGCCUUGGACAUGGAAGGACAACAGCUUCUCGUUGCCUACCCGUGUGCCUUACUUUAUGGACUUUUUGCCCUCUUAACAGUUUUCUGAAGAGUAUUUGAGAUGGCAUUACAAGAUUCUGUUUAUUUGCUGUUCAGAUUAUUCUGGAAAUGUAUUAGCUUUCAAAUUUGGUAAUAUGUUUUAUUGCUAUUAAGAGACUAAUAAGCAGAAAAACAAAAAAGCACUUAUGGAUGAUGCUCUAAUAGCAUGCUUGGUUUGAAUGAUGUUCUGCGUCUCAGCUUGAUGCAUUAAAACACUUAAACAUACUUUAAAAUAAAAGGGAUAAAGUUGUUGUACUGAUGGACCCUGCUUUUCUCAAUAGAUGCAUUUCUGAGAAAUUGUAAGUAAAUAAAAUCACAUGCUGACUGGA